AGAAGCAGCAGAGUGGUAAUGAGCCAGGUGUUAGGAAGGAUGAGCAAGUCAAGGGGAUAGAACACUUGGGCUGCUGGGGAGCAUGCUAAAACAGGUCUGGGUGCAGGUGCCAUGAAGAACAGGUUGGAGAAAGUGUGUGGGAUGAGUUUAGGUAUAUCCUGUGGCCUCGAUGAGGCUUCAUGAGGGAGUCUCCUAGUUAGCAAGGGACAGGUAUUGCCAAAUGAGGGUAAAGGCCCAUGCAUGGCUGUGUGGAAGUUUAUGUGCUGGCAUGCUGAUGUUACUCUUAGCUUAGCCCAUGCUCAUUUUUAACUAUGUCUGGUCAAUUUUGGAAAUAAGCAGAUGCCCUAUGGCCCAGUUGUCAAUAAAACUGUGCCCAGGUGGCAGUUCAUGUGUCCAGUGUUUGAAGUUUUCACCCCUGUUCUUUCCAUUCUUAAGAAUAGUUUUUACAAGCUAACAAGGCAUCAGUUUUCAUUUUUCCUUCUGGUGUCUAUGCUGUAAGCCUAUGAAAGCCUCAAGCAAAGGACCCAGUCUUUGAAAUGGUACUGUCCCAGGUUUCUAGAUUAGGACUCCUGCACAAAGGGUAGGUGAUUGGAUGUUGAGGUUCCAGGCAUCAGAUUUGCUGCUGUCCACCUGGGCCAACAAGGAUUGCAUGAAAUGUCGUUGCUGGAUAGGUAUUUUUGAACCCUGUAGAAGGGUGACUGUUGGGGAAUGUCACUGGCUGAAGUUCAUGCCCUGGUUCCCAGGAGAGCAGGGUCCCUGUUGUCUAUUCCCUCACACCCCGGGAGAGGGAGAAGCUGAGUCUGCUCUGAUUGGCCUGGACCCAGGGUGGAGUGACCCAGAGAGCAAAGGCCAAGGGACAGAAGUUUCUCUCCUCCUAUGCCAGGGCCUUACCCACAAGAAACUGCUGCACACACCCAGACCACGUGAUCCUGUCCCUCCCCUGGCUCUCUUUCCCAGAGGACACAUGCCUGGAGAGCUUUGGGUGUCCAUGGUGCACCCCACCCCUCCCAAUCCAGCCCCAGAAUGGCACUGUCUCCCAGCCCCCUGGCCAUGGAAUAUGUCAAUGACUUUGACUUGAUGAAGUUUGAGGUAAAGCGAGAACCCUCUGAGGGGCGAUCUGGCCCCCCAACAGCCUCAAUGGGCUCCACACCUUACAGCUCAGUACCUCCUUCACCCACCUUCAGUGAGUCAGGCAUGGUGGGGGCUGCAGAGGACCCCCGAGCAGGCCUGGAGGAGCUGUACUGGCUGGCCACCCUGCAGCAGCAGCUGGGGACAGGGGAGGCCCUGGGGCUGAGUCCUGAGGAGGCUGUGGAGCUGCUGCAGGGUCAGGGCCCAGUCCCUGUUGAGGGGCCUCACAGUUACUACCCAGGGAGCCCAGAGGAGACAGGAGCCCAGCAUGCCCAGCUGGCUGAGCGGUUUUCGGACGCGGCACUGGUGUCGAUGUCGGUGCGGGAGCUAAACAGGCAGCUGCGGGGCUGCGGGCGCGACGAGGCCCUGCGACUGAAGCAGCGGCGUCGCACACUGAAGAACCGCGGCUACGCGCAGGCCUGUCGCUCCAAGCGGCUGCAGCAGCGACGCGGGCUGGAGGCCGAGCGCGCCCGUCUGGCCGCCCAGCUGGAUGCACUGAGGACCGAAGUGGCACGCCUGGCGAGGGAGCGGGACCUCUACAAGGCUCGCUGUGACCGGCUGGCGUCGAGCGGCCCCGGGUCCGGGGACCACUCCCACUUCUUCCUUUGAGUCGCUUGGGGCCACGGAGUGGUGGACUGGUGGCGGGGGGUGGGGACCACCCAAUAGGCACCUGUACCAUUCUCCAGAUGGCUACUGAGUGCCUUCAGGUGCCAGGCGCUCCCUUGUAUGACCACGCGUUUCCCCAAACUACCUGGACUCGCAGGGCAUGGUCCGUAGGUUAGGUGCUGGUUAUUUUCUGGAAGAGGGGUCUCGUCCCUUCACCCUCCACCUCCUUCCCCACCCCACAUGAUCGGGACAUAGAUCUGUAGGAGCCAGUGCCAGGCACUUGGGUGGAGGGUGGCAUGGCUGGGUGACUGGUGAUUGGGAGGUGAGGGAGUGGUGCAGCUCCUCCCUCAGUUUAGAUUUUAAUUCAAGGUUCUCAACCUAUAGUGCAUUAAGGUGGUAAUUAGCAAUGAAGCUAUAUUUUCAUUCCCAGGCUUGUAACCUCCCCAUUUUAAGAUUUUGGCAUUUUCAAGAUUGCAGUUGCCAAUAGCAAUACAGACUAGAACUCUAUCCAAGAGGCUUUCUUUCAACCCAACCCAGUUACCUCCAGGGCCCAGAGCAGCAAAGGCCAGAAGAGCUUGGGUGGUUGGUGUGGGCUGGGAGAGAACCCUAGGCAGGAGUCUGGUGACCUGGGUGCUAGUCCAGCUCUGCCACAGAUACCUUUGUUACCUUGUGCAAAUCAGCUCCCCUGGUCUUGGUUAUUUCUAGUCCUCAUUUUGAUUGAAUGACUUCUGACACCUUUCCAGUGCUGGCAUCUCCUUAAUGUGCAGUCCCAAUGGUCUCCCCAAGAUAACCUCACCAAAGGGACUUUUUGUCCUACUCCAGCUUUCUAACUGCAGUCUAGGCAGGGGAUGGGGCCAUGCACUGGGCUCUGGGCUGCCUUAGCCUCCAGACCUGAAUAGGGUGCCUCUGCUAAGGGCUGAAGUGAGACUAUUCCCAGCAUGACAAGGAGCUGAGAGAAUGCAGCUUUUGUGAAUUAAACUUUAAG